AUGAUCGACAAAUCGAUCGCUUUACAACAUUCACAACAAACGCUGUCACCACCACCUCAAAACGAACUUAGCCUGCUUUACGAAAUGACCGGACCACUGGAACAGUGCAGAUCUAUCAUGGUAACAAAGAAAAAGAAAAUGACGGAGUCAAAUAAGGCAGAUGAAAGGAUAAAUUCCGAAUAUGAAGAAAAUGGUAAAUGUGAUCCAAUGGAAGAAACUGCUUCAAGUAAGCAUGAGGUUAGGUCCUCUACGAGGAAGCAUAAACGAAAAAAAUCCAAAAAACAUAUUACUCGUCCACCACCAUGUUUUGAAAAUGUAGAAGUGGCGACAAAAGAAUCAAUAAUGACUUUCGAGGACUUUGGUUUGGAUGAACAGUUAUUAAAAGUUAUUGGUGAGCUCGGUUGGGAACGUCCGACAUUGAUUCAAAGCCGAAUGAUACCUGCUGCUUUUGAAAACAAGAAUAUUAUUGCACGAGCGCGCACGGGUAGUGGUAAAACAGCUGCAUUUAUGCUUCCUAUUGUACAAAGGGUGUUACAAUUGAAAUGUAAUUCUUCAAGUGGCGCAGAUGCUGGUCCGUUUGCGCUUUUCAUUGUGCCUUCAAAAGAGCUAGCCAAACAGACUUAUUCAUUGCUGUGCAAAUUAACAGAGAAGUUCCCAUUCUUACUGUCACUGAAUUUCGCAGAACUGAAUGUAAAUACUGAUGACGACUGGCUUUUGAAGAAACCUGAUUUUGUUGUUUCUACUCCUAGUCGAUUUUUGCACGCUCUGAGGAAGUAUGAGAAACCAUGCGAAUCAGUUAAGCAUGUUGUCCUGGACGAAGCUGAUUUGCUAUUGUCAUUUGGUUAUGCUGAGGAAAUGAGGCUGAUAAAAAAUUUUCUCCCUGCACACCAUCAGACAAUUUUUACUUCAGCAACAAUGACUGAAAAAGUAGAAGCACUUAGAGAGCUCUACGUGACUGGUUCAAUUGUUCUAAUGAAAUUGAAGGAGGGACAAUUACCGGAUAGUGACCAGCUUUCACAAUAUCAUAUUUCUUGUCAAAAUGAAGAGGAACGCUUCGCUAUCUUUUUGGCAUUGUUAAAGUUAAAAUUAAUUGUUGGCAAAUCGAUCAUCUUUGUCAAAGAUACUAAUCGUUGUUAUCAACUUGGACUUUUUUUGCAAGCAUUCAAUAUUCGAUCUUGCAUUUUGAAUGCACAGAUGCCAAUUAAUAGCCGUUGUCAUGUAGUGGAACAGUUUAAUGAAGGACGAUAUUCCUAUGUCAUCGCCUCUGAUAUAAAUGAUGUAUCCGGCGAAUCACAUGCAGUGAUGGAAGAUGAAAAUGAAGAGAUGUCUGAAAUAAAAAAUAUACGGAAAAAGAAACGGAGACGUAUUGACAAAGAGUCGGGAGUUUCACGAGGAAUUGAUUUCCACCACGUUGCAAAUGUCAUUAAUUUUGAUUUUCCUACAUCGCUUAACUCCUACAUACAUCGUGUGGGCAGAACUGCUAGAGGAUGGAAUAAGGGCUGCGCAUUAUCAUUUGCUUCACCGCAAGAAAAGCCUUUUUUGGAAGAAAUUCAGGAAGGAAUUAAUGCGCAAUUAGGACAUCGCGCAAUUACUCCUUACGAAGUUCGCAUCAAAGAGCUAGAAUCAUUCAUGUUAAGAGCUCGAGAAGUACUCGCAGCUUGCACCAAGACUGCAGUCAGAGAAGCUAGAUUAGCGGAAAUACGAGCGGAAGUAUUACGUUCGAAACGACUGGAAACUUAUUUUGCUAAGAACCCUCGUGAAAGGGCAGUUCUGGAACACGACAAAAAGUUAUUCUCUGUUAAUCUUCAUAGUCCUGCUAUUGCCGAUGUUCCGGAUUAUAUGGUUCCACCGUCACUGCGAGGAAUAAAUUAUCGAAGUGAAUCAGAGAAGAAGGAAGGAAGACGAAAACGUAGAAAGCAAAUGCGCCCAACUGCACACCAAAUAAAAUAUCGAAAGAAAAUAGAAGACCCACUGCAAAAGGAUCUCUUAAUGAUAGCUGAUGAAGAACUAGCUGAUUGA